AUGGCAGACGACGGCGAUGUCAAAUGCUCCGCUGAAGUCGGCGAGGGCGCCUACUUCAUGGCCAGCAUCAUGGCCGUCACCGGCAUCAUGUUCGCCGUCCUCGCGCUCUCCGGCCUCUUCCAUUCCGCGCUUCGACGCCUCGGCCAGCCGAGCAUCAUCUCCCACAUCCUAGCCGGCAUCGUGGUCGGGCCGACGGUGCUUGGCCGCGCCAUGGACCUCCGGCAGCUGGGCAUGCAGGACGCCGGCAGCGUGCUGAGCGGCACCAUCUACUUCGUCCGCAUGGUAUUCAUGUUCUUCAUCGGCCUCGAGCUGGACCUGCGCUACCUGCGCCACAACCUGCGCCGCUCGCUAGCCCUGGCCUGCGGCGGCUCCGCGCUCUGCCUCCUACUUGCUGCGCUGGCCGGGCCCUUCUUCUACGGCCUUCUGCACCCGGGGCAGGGCCCCUUCCAGCCCGACAAGCUCUACGCCUCCACUGCACUCUUCGCGCUCGUGCUCACCAGCACCGCCUCGCCCGUCCUCAUCCGCAUCGUCACCGAGCUCAAGCUCACGGGCUCCGAGACCGGUCAGCUCGCCAUCGGCGCCGCCUUCGCCAACGACAUGGCCAGCCUCGCCGCCCUCAGCGUCAUGUUCGUCAGCCACACCGUGUACGGCACCACGCCCAGAGAGGGGGGGCCGCCAUCCUCCCCGCCGGCCAAGGCGGCGGUGUUGGUGUGGAUGGCGCUCACGGUAUGGGUGGCCAUGAGCGUCGCGGCGUGGGCGGCGCGGCUGCUCAACCGGCUAAAGCGGGGGCGGCAGUACAUCAGCAAGUACGAGCUGUGCGGCAUGCUUCUGCUCAUCGUGGGCCUUUCCCUGGUGGAGCAGGUCGUGGGGUACAGCGCCUCCAUGACCGCCUUCCUCAUCGGCCUCGCCAUGCCGCGCGAAGGCCCGACGGCGCGCACGAUCGUGGACCGCCUCGCCUACCCCGUGCACCAGCUCAUCAUGCCACUCUGCUUUGGGGCCAUCGGCGCCAGGCUCGACUUCGCCCAGAUCGGGCGCUUCACCGCGGGGCAGCUCGCCGUGGCCGUCGCCUUCACCACGCUGCUGAGCGCAGCCGGGAAGGUGGCCGGCACAGUGCUGGCGGGGCGGGUGCUGGGCAUCGCGGCGCGGGAGGCCGUCGUGCUGGGCGCACUGCUCAACGUCAAGGGCUACUCCGACAUCCUCGCCAUCAACUUCGGCGACAAGGUCGGAGUCUGGAGCGAGACUGCGCAGGUGGUGCUCCUACUGUCGUCCAUCGUCAACACGUUCAUGGCCGGGCCGGCGUCCGCGGCCAUCGUCCGCCAGCAUCGCCGGGCGUUCCGCUAUCACUCGCACUGCCUCCAGGACCUGAGGGCGGACCACGAGCUCCGCGUGCUCGUCUGCGUCCACAGCGCCGGCGGCGUCCACCCAAUGCUGACGCUCGCUGACCUCUCCAAGGGCACCGCGCCGUUGGCCGUGUACCUCCUCCACCUCGUGGAGCUCGUGACGUCACGCAAGUACGCCAUCACGCACCAGCUGUACCACGACGCCGCCCGCGAGGGCGAGGACGAGUGGGGCUGCGCGCGCGAGAUCGAGCAGGUCGCCGCGGCUGUGGCCGCCUUCACGUACGACAACGCCAUCCCCGUGCGGCAGAUGACGGCCAUCUCGAGUCUCGCCUCCAUGGACGCGGACGUGCGCAAUGGCGUGGAGGACGCGCGCGCGUCGCUGGUGAUCGUGCCCUUCCACAAGGAGCAGCGGUAUGACGGGCGCAUGGUGUGCCGGCGCGAGGGGCGGCGCCUGUUGAACCAGCGGAUCCUGCAGAGGGCGCCAUGCACGGUGGGGAUCCUCGUGGAGCGCCGCCUGGGUGGCGUAGUGGCGGACGAGGGAGAUGGCAGCAGGGUGCACCAGGUGGUGGCGGUGUUCAUGGGCGGGGCGGACGACAGAGAGGCGGUGGCGUACGCGGCGCGGCUGGCGGUGCACCCGUCGGUGAGCGUGACGGUGUGCAGGUUCCUGCUUCUUCCGGCCGGUGGAAGGAGCUCUCAACAAUUGGAGAGGGAGGCGAUGGAGGACGAGGAGUUCAUGGCGAACUUGUACGCGAGGUUUGUGGCGCCAGGGCAGGUGUCGUACACGGAGAGGUUCGUGAGCAACGGCGCGGAGACGGUGAACGCGCUGAGCUCCGUGGCGGGGACGUGCUCGCUCUUCAUCGUGGGCAAGGGCGGCGGGGGCAGAGGCGCGAUGACGAGCGGCAUGGGGGACUGGGACGAGGAGUGCCCGGAGCUGGGCUCCGUCGGCGAGCUGCUGGCCUCGGACGACAUCGUGGGCUGUGGCUCCGUGCUGGUGCUGCAGCAGCACAUGAGCGCGCACCGCAAGCACAAGAUGAGGACAUGGAAGCACCAUCCUCUUCCUCCUCAACACAACCAUGCCGAUGUCGAUGCUGUUAUUGACAUCCACAGAUGUUAA